UAUUUACCCGCGUUCAGAACCAAAAAUCAAACGCUCAAGAUCAGAACUAUCCACUAUACUCUAUUACUUUCUCGAAUUUUCUCACUUCAAACUAUAUAUAUAAAAGAAAAUCUCUUAACUAUCAUCUUCAUAAAAAAUCUGUUAUUUUGAGCUUUUUUACUCUGUAACAAUGGCGACAAAGUCUGAUAAAGCCAUAGGAAUUGAUCUUGGCACUACAUACAGCUGCGUUGGAGUAUGGCUCAACGAUCGAGUUGAAAUAAUCGCCAACGAUCAAGGCAACCGUACGACUCCUUCCUACGUGGCCUUCACUGACACCGAGCGAUUAAUCGGCGAUGCGGCGAAGAACCAGGUGGCGAUGAAUCCUCAGAAUACGGUCUUCGAUGCUAAGCGUCUGAUUGGCCGUCGAUUCUCUGAUCCGUCGGUUCAGAGCGAUAUGAAACUCUGGCCGUUUAAGGUGAUCCCGGGACAAGGCGAUAAGCCUAUGAUAAUUGUGAACUACAAAGGAGAAGAGAAGCAAUUUUCAGCAGAGGAGAUUUCAUCCAUGGUGUUGAUUAAGAUGAGAGAAGUCUCUGAAGCUUUCCUCGGUCACUCCGUCAAAAACGCCGUCGUAACUGUACCAGCGUAUUUCAACGAUUCGCAACGGCAAGCGACGAAGGAUGCUGGAGCGAUUUCGGGAUUGAACGUGUUGAGGAUCAUCAAUGAGCCGACCGCCGCGGCUAUUGCGUACGGAUUGGAUAAGAAAGCUUCGAGAGUAGGCGAACAGAACGUUCUGAUUUUCGAUCUCGGCGGUGGAACUUUUGAUGUCUCAAUUUUAACGAUCGAGGAAGGAAUCUUCGAAGUUAAAGCUACAGCCGGAGAUACUCAUCUCGGAGGUGAAGAUUUCGAUAACAGAAUGGUUAAUCAUUUCGUUUCUGAAUUUAGGAGAAAGAAUAAGAAGGAUAUUAGCGGCAACGCGAGAUCACUGAGGCGAUUGAGAACCGCUUGCGAGAGAGCGAAGCGAACGUUGUCGUCUACAACUCAAACGACAAUUGAAAUCGAUUCUCUAUACGAAGGAAUCGAUUUCUACGCCACUAUAACCAGAGCGAGAUUCGAAGAAUUGAAUAUGGAUUUGUUUAAGAGAUGUAUGGAGCCAGUGGAAAAAUGUUUACGCGAUGCUAAAAUUGACAAGAGUCAGAUCCACGAGGUGGUUUUAGUCGGUGGAUCUACAAGAAUCCCGAAAGUUCAACAACUUUUACAAGACUUGUUCAACGGAAAAGAGCUCUGUAAAAGUAUAAACCCAGACGAAGCGGUGGCUUACGGGGCAGCGGUUCAGGCGGCGAUUUUAAGCGGAGAAGGAAACGAAAAAGUUCAAGAUCUUCUCCUACUGGAUGUGACUCCUCUAAGUCUCGGAUUAGAAACUGCCGGCGGUGUUAUGACCGUACUAAUUCCGAGAAACACAACGAUUCCGACGAAGAAGGAGCAGAUUUUCUCAACUUAUUCGGAUAAUCAGCCUGGUGUUUUGAUCCAAGUUUACGAAGGAGAACGAGCAAGAACCAGAGACAACAACCUGCUCGGAAAAUUCGAACUGACCGGAAUCCCUCCGGCGCCGAGAGGUGUGCCUCAAGUUAACGUUGUUUUCGAUAUAGACGCUAACGGAAUCCUUAACGUUUCGGCUGAAGAUAAGACGGCGGGAGUGAAGAACAAGAUAACGAUCACUAACGAUAAGGGGAGAUUGAGCAAAGAAGAUAUUGAAAAGAUGGUUAAAGAUGCAGAGAGGUAUAAGGCUGAGGAUGAAGAGGUGAAGAGGAAGGUUGAAGCUAAGAAUGGGUUGGAGAAUUACGCUUAUAAUAUGAGGAACACUGUUAGGGAUGAGAAGUUUGGUGAGAAAUUGGAUAAGAGUGAUAAGGAGAAGAUUGAGAAAGCUGUGGAGGAAGCUAUUCGGUGGUUGGAAGGGAAUCAGUUGGCGGAGGUUGAUGAGCUUGAGGAUAAGCUUAAGGAAUUGGAAGGUGUUUGUAAUCCUAUUAUCUCUAAGAUGUAUCAGAGUGGUGCCGGCGCCGGAGCCGGAGGUGGUGAUGUUCCGAUGGGUGAUGAGUUUGGUGGUGGAAGCAAUGGUGGUGGUGGUGGUUCUGGUUCGGGUGGUGGGACUGGUCCUAAGAUCGAAGAGGUUGACUAAGGUUGGUUUGUUGUCGUUUUGGGGUUGGAGGUGAUAAGUUGUUUGUCGUUUUGGAUAGUUUUUUAGUUUUAGUAUAUGUAACGCAUGUUUACAGUUUAUGAAAAUAAAUAAAUAAAAUGAGUCUCUUAAGUAAGUUUCUUUAA